AGCCGAAGAUGUCGGCUCGGUCAUGUGAUCAGCUGUGUCCAAUCACAGCUGAUCACAUGGGACAUGUACACUUAUCAUCAGGGCCCUGAUGAUCAGUGUGACCUGAUGAUCAGUGUAGCCCCAGCAGUGCCACCUGUCAGUGUCCGUCAGUGCUCAUCAGUGCCAGUGCCUGUGCCCAUCAGUGCCACAUAUCAGUGCAUACCAGUACACAUCAAUGCCACAUAUCAGUGCCCAUCUGAGCUGCCUUUCAAUGUCACCCAUCAGUGCCAGUCAGUGUCACCUAUAAAUGCCUAUCAGUGCCGCCUAACCGUGCCGGUCAGUGCCGCCUAUCAGUGUCAUGUAUCAGUG